AUUUCUUUGAAAUAUAAGUUGACGUUGACGUUUACUUUCAAAAUAGAAAAGCCAACCAAUUCUAUAAUUUUUAAUGAAUUAUGGCUACUUUAUCGUCUAAUUUGUUGGAAUUAGACGUUGAUAAAUUAUUCGAAGAACACAAUAUAUCGGAAAUAAUUGAAGUUGAAAAAUUACUCGAUGUGGAAAUUGAACGAAAACGCGUCGAUCUGCGAGGAAUGGUUGGGGAACGAUACAAGGAUGUGUUAACAGCAUCGGACGCGAUAAAAUGCAUGCGUAGCGUGUCUGAGGAAAUUGUUAAUAACAUCGAAAAGAUUACGGAAAGAUGUGAAUAUUUGAUCGCUGGUGCCUCAUUAGUAGACGAGCCAUCAAUGAAACCAGUGAGUUCAAAAAGCACUAAUGAUCGAACUAUGGUGAUGGAAAUUCGUUUGGUAAUGGUAAUCAUAAGCCAGAUAUGGGUGUCGCUAGAAAAUGAAGAUUUUUCAAAAGCUGCCCAGUUAUAUCUCCUGGCUCAACAUACUCACACAGGUUUAGAGCUGUUAAGUGGUGACAUUUUAAACAAACUGCCCAUACUCAAACGGAUGAAAUCUGACAUAGACGCUUUACGAAAUAGGAUUUUAAAGCGUACAAAAGAGAAGUUGCAAACUUUAGUGCUAAGUGCUGAGGAAACUAGCAAUAAUUUAAACGUUUUGAUGCUGCUCGAGAAUUACACAAGUGGCAAUGAGUUAAUAAAUAUUUUUAUACAAAUGCGUAAAAGUGCAUUAGAGAUUGUUUUGAGUGAAACUCACAACACAGUUCGCAAUCAAGUUACAUCAAUGCUAAAAUGUCUUGUAGCCACCAUUCAUUUAUUACACGAAUGUUUUAUUAAUUUUAACAAUUCCGAGUGUGGUUUAGUAUGGCAACAAUUAAAUGAUAUUAUAAGCGAGACUGCACCAUUUACUUUGUCUAAAGUAAUUCUGCCUUAUACACCAUUGGUGAACUACAUUCCUGAUGUGAUUACACAAUUUAGACCAAAAGGGAAUAACGCAAAUGAAACCUUUGAUACCGCAGAACUGCCACAAAUAAUCGAGAAUUGGACAAGAACAACUUUGGACAGUAUUAAAAGUGGUUUACGUACAUCAUUAGAAUUAGUAACCAAUAUUAAAGGUCUAUACAUUAUUCGCGAAGAGGCAUUUAAAAUUGAAAUACCUACAAAUUGGGAGACAGUAUGUAAAAAUCUUAAUUUACCUCGCGAUUUUAGCGUGUGGUUUUACUUUUUUCAAUCCUUAAUCACAGAUCGCGCCAAGACGUUAAUGUUAAAAAAAACAUCAAAAAGUUGCUUAGAUUUUUAUACUACCAUCACUAAAGCAUUACAAGAGUCUAGUAAAACGGAACACUCAGAACGAGAUUUAAGAUGGUACAUAUGGAAAGAUGAAGAGUCGGAUGUUAGCAGAAAUGAAGAUAAACACAUAGGACUUUCAAUGAAAACUAGGGGCUACUCUCAAAAAAUUGUGCAGCUUUGUUCAAAUUUUGAUAAUAUUUAUUUGGAUUUACUGGAGGAUCUCUCACUGUAUCUGUAUGGGAAAGAGUAUGCCAAGUUAGAGGAAGAUGUUCGAUUUGUCAAAACGGAAAAUAUGAAAUAUGUAGAUAAAAUUGAAUUAGAAGAAUGCUUGCGGUUUGAAUGUCGUGACAUUUCAACCAAGGUAACCACGUUUUUGGAACAGUUAUUUUUAGCGGACCAGGAUAAAGCGGUUUAUAUAACAAAAUCGUUAAUAUGCGCAAGGUUUUUACAGGCGCUAUGUGAGUUAUGUCCCCACUUUAAAAAGUCUUCAUCCUGCAACGGUCACUCGAACGAGUGGGACCAAAUUUGUAAUAGUCUCAAUGCUUGCAGUUUGAAGUUUUGGCACAAUUGGGUUCGUCAUUGCGUUUCCCAAACGGAAAUUCUGACCAAUGAUUUACAGAAAAUUGAUGUCAUAAAUAUGCUGCAUAUACUUCCCAAAUGGGAAAACUUAGAAAUUCAAGAACAAACAGACGAAAAAAUAUUCAAAUCCCAAAUAAAGCUUCCAUCGCAACCCAACUUAAAUCUACAGAAGAUAUUUUCGACAAUUAAUGAUAGCUUGAACGCAAUUAUCCCACACACCUUGCCCAAGCAGGUUCAUCUAGAAUACCUAGAAGCACAUGUCAGCGUCAUCUUGAAGCAGUACGAAGUUCUAUCCCAGUUGGACUUAAAUCAGAUACAAGCCCUGCAGUUUUUAUUUGACGUGAAAUACUUAACCACGUUGUGUAUAUUGAGGGAGAAUGCGCUUUUAGUGUCAAAAUCGCAACAAAUUUGUGAUAAUUUGCGCUCGAAAAUAGAUCCCUUCGAUUUGGAUGUAUUUUACUCGUAUCUUCAAAACAAUGUGAAGAUGUCCGUGUUGCAGUCGCAGGUUAUCUUGGGAUGUUUGCUGCCCAAUAUGGGCCAGUUAGCCUCUCUGGGUCUGCCAGAAAGAAACAAGGAACACGAGAACGAACCUUCUAUGUUAGCAAUAAGUGUUCCUUCCACAACGUCAUGGUUCCCACUGUUACCCGUUACUGCACCCAUUCAAAAAAUUCCACAAGCAUCCUCAUUGAAGCCAAGGGAUUACAAGGAUAACAACUUGCUGUCUUCGGAUGUAAAUAAGAAGUCUUCAAAUUCAGCAAGUAGUGUGAGAUCAGGAGCUGCAGCUUUUUUUGGUUCUAUGACUACCGACUGGUUCUCCUAAUAAAGUAUUCUAGUCUUUAUUUCAUUUAAAUAGUCAUAAUGUAUAAAUAUAUUGUAAAUAUGUUUUAAUAA